AUGACAGCGAAUGCUACGCCAGGAGUUGUCACUGCCGACAACACCACAAAUGCGUUCAGCUUCCCGUCACAGUCCAGUCAAAUGCCAUAUUUCAAUUUUCCUCCUAAUUAUAAUCCAGCCAGCGACUUUUCAAGUUGGGCAAAUGCACAGUCGACAGCCGGCUGGUACCAACCCGAUCCACGAUUUGCAAUAAAUCGCUUCGGUGGUCCGAAUUUGGGAUUGAAUAUUGCCGCAUCGCAAGGAUUGGUAAAUUCAAUGAGCAGGCGAAAACGACGGGUCCUGUUCACGCAACAGCAGGUAAACGAGCUCGAACGACAAUUUCGACACAAGAAAUACCUAAGCGCUCAAGACCGUGAGAUUCUUGCAAAAAACAUCGGACUCUCACCCACUCAGGUGAAGAUCUGGUUCCAAAAUCAGCGCUAUAAGCAUAAAAGGCAGGAUAAGGAAAGAGCGAUGAGCAAGGGUGGCCGGGAAAAUAGCGAGUCACCGGGGAGCCACGACGAUAGCGACGGGGAAACUAUGACUGCUGAUAUCAAACCUGAAAAAAUUGAAGAAGAAAAACCGUCAGCAUUCCCGUCACCCGCUGCAGUCAAUGACACCUCAUGCCUGCCCGACAUCAAUAAUCCGAUUUAUCAGCAGGCGAUGUACCAACAACAUGCCUAUAUCCCACAAGGCAUAACCUUCCCAUUCGCUCAGGGUUAUCCAACUACCGGUCAAUAUCCCUAUCCACAAUACCGAUUAUAA